CGAAUGGCUCUUUCACUGCUAAUGAGGUACUCGUGGCCACCUAUUCAUCGCAUUCUUGAUUAGAACGGAGACAAAGAAUUUUAUAAUGGGGGUUUUAUGGCUGCAAGACGAGAGUCAAACAAUGCAAAGAGUGGCUAACUCACAAGGUCCCAUGGAUUUAACGUGCCCACUUUAACUUUAACGUAUGUUCUUUACACAUUCGGCGUGUAUGAAGACACCGUGUGUUUGCCUACAAUUUAGCAUUCUGUUAUCUCGGCCGCAACAUAUUUCUCAUCUCACCUGGCUUGGGCUCUUUUGCAACUCUUGGAUUUCAAAAUGGGCUGUGUGUCUUUAAGGCGCCCGACUGCCUGUCGCUUUGUGUUGCGGAGAAACUGACGCCCUCUGGACACAUUAGCGGCAUAAUUCCAUCCUGGAAAGUGGACGGGUUCAAAGUGAAUAAAACUACCAGUCAAAGGAAAAGUCCAGGACCUUCUUAACUUACUUUGGUGGACAGUGACUUGCUGUUGAGCCACCAGGAUGAGGCCGGGUCAGCUGAUGAUUCCAGCCACGGCUGCACUUCUCUUUCUCUUGUCGGGAAUGUCUCUGAGCAUGGCCUGUAACAAAGCACUCUGUGCCAGCGAUGUUAGCAAGUGCCUCAUACAGGAGCUGUGUCAGUGUCGUCCCUCUGAUGGGAACUGUUCCUGCUGUAAAGAGUGCAUGCUGUGUCUGGGGACCCUAUGGGAGGAGUGUUGUGACUGUGUGGGCAUGUGUAAUCCAAAGAACUACAGUGACACUCCCGCCACCUCCAAGAGCACAGUGGAGGAGCUACACCGACCAAUCCCCUCACUGUUCCGAGCUCUUACAGAAGGAGAGGCUCCAAUCAACAUGAUGGUGGUGUCCUUCCCCGUCGCAGAGGAACUCUCUCACCAUGAAAACCUGGUCUCUUUUCUAGAGACACUUGAUGACCAGCACCAAAAUGUAUCUCUGCCUGGCAACAGCAUUCAUGCAAGCUAUGACACUCAAGACAACAUGUGUACAGUGGUCUACUUCGAUGAUUGCUUGUCCAUCCGGCAGUGUAAAAUAUACUGCGAGUCAAUGGGAGGAUCGAAAUACCGCUGGUUUCAUAACGCCUGCUGUCAGUGUAUUGGCCCAGAGUGUCUGGACUAUGGCAGCAAGGCUGUGAAGUGCAUGAACUGUCUCUUCUGAAGUGUGGGCACAUGCUGGCACCACAUGUCAAGACUUGACCAGAGCGAGGACUGCGGGCAUAGGAAUCUGUCACCGAUAAUGUGUUCACAUGCCUGAUCUAGGUUGUAAGAUAUUUCCCACCCCUUUUCAAAAAAGUUUUUUAUUCUGCUGAUAUUUUCACUGUAUAUUUUAGAUAUGUUCUCAAUAGUGUUGUUGUUUUUUUUAACUAGAGGUGUAUAAAUAAUGUAUUUUUUACAGUAAUGAUCCACUGAAUCCCCAUUGCACACCAAAUAAAGAAAAUGUUGGUGAAA